GAUCCGUUUACUUCAAUUGGAAACCCUCGUAUGCGCAAACAUAUUAUUACCUUUAAGAUUUAGGUCCACAGGUCUCGAAUUCCGAUCCAACGAAGGCGACGACAAUCUCUACGGCGUCGCGACUCGUCCGAGUCGGCGCACGCUCCUAAGCCGCCAUCAUGUUGCGACCGGCUACACCUCUGACGGUGUUGCUUUUUGCAGCAUUCGCCAUGUUGUUGCUUGCGGUUCUGUCGACUCCUAUUAUUAAAGCGAUCCCUCUUGGUACCUACAAAGGCGUCAGCUUUGGAGUCUUCGGUUAUUGCGAUAGCACCAACAAGUGUAGUCCGAUAGAAAUUGGAUAUGAUACAUCGAAACUCUUUUCUCAGGCAGACUCGGCCACUUUUGACUUACCCGCUGGGACACGGACGACGUUAUCCGCCAUCCUCGUGGUCCACCCAGUUGCAUGCCUUCUUACCCUAGUGAUGUUGAUUCUUGCCAUAGUCGCCCACCUUCAUUCACCUUCACAUUCUUCUCGUUAUUUGUUGCUUCUCUUCAUCUUCGGCAUCAUUACAUUUUUAGUAUGCCUUCUCGCCUUUCUAAUCGACGUCUUACUUUUCGUUCCUCAUAUGGCAUGGGGCUCCUACAUUGUCUUAGCUGCUACCAUACUUGUAUUCCUUAGUUUCAUUGUUUCGUGUGCUAUGCGCCGCACUUUGGUUAGCAGAAAAGCAAGAAAGAGGCGAAUUGCAGAGAAUGCCGAGAUGAGUGGGGAGAAUUACUACAAUCGCCAAGCCCAGGAUGAUGUGGCACCUUCUACUACAACUAUUUCAAGGCAGCCGACUGUUCCUGUCGUUAGCGGGGCAAACGGACCAGCGGAUAAGAUAGCCCAGUUUGCUUCCUAUGAGAAGAAGGACGAUCGUAGUAGCGACGAGCGUAUACCUCUAACCGCUAGGUCUCCUUCUGAUAGGUCCCCGAAUGGGGCCGCUGUCGAUACUAGUAUGUCCGGUACUACGUAUAAUGUACCCCAGCGAUCUGGCUCGAACACCUCGGUAGCAAGGGAUCAGUACGGCAACCCCAUAGAUCAACCCCAAGAAAGUUAUGCCAUGCGACGAGGGCCGUCUUUUGAAAGUAUGAACUCAAGAGGCCGUGGUGGUCCUCCGGCUGGAUAUAGGGGACGGGGCGGUUACGGAAGAGGAGGUUAUGGACCGUAUGGCCCCCCUGGUGGAAGAGGUGGAAGGGGUGGAUAUGGCCCGCCACCGGGGAGAGGCGGGUACGGACCACCCGGUCGCGGUGGAUACGGACCACCGCCAAAUGGACGGGGAGGUUACGGUCCGCGUGGAGGUUAUGGCCCUCCCGGAAUGAUGAGAGGUGGAAGAACACCGCCGCCAGCUUACCAAGGCGGCGCGCCCUAUGACCGACGACCAUCCCCGGCCAAUGCUUAUGGAGACUACGGUCCAACCCGACAAAUAUCCCCAGCACCUCAAGGAGGCCCAUAUGCGAUGGAUGCCCCGCCUAUGCCAAGCGUCCCAACUGGCGCAGCGGAAGCAGGUGGCUUCCAAGCUUAUCAGCCUGACCGUGCUAGUGAAUUACCUAGAGCAGAAUCCCCACCUCCGUUACCCGGUAUGGAUGAUGCCCAUGAAGCUCCUGUAGGGCAAGCAGUGGAAAUGGAUGCUGUCACUGGAAGUCCUGCUCAUCCUCCUCAAGGCUUCGGCCAAUUUAACAAUCAGCUCCGAGACAGCGACGCUGAUGUAGCCGGCAUGCUAGCUCUACAACAAGCAAGAACAUCUGGGGCACAACCGCAACGGCAUGAUACAUUCAUGAGCGAAGGAAGCAGAUAUAGCCAAGAGGAUAGCCAAUUUGUUCCGGCUCGACAAGCGUGGAACCAAGGAAAUAUGCGACCUUCGGCUGUACCGUCACCUCUUCAAAUCCCCAUCAAUACACAAGAGAUGGGCAAUAGGACACCGCCGCCGCCCAUGCCGACACAACAGCAACCGGCGAGUGGCGAGACAGGAAAUUAUUAUGAAGAUGUAGAUCCUCGCUUCACUGAACCAGCACGUAGGCCACAACAACCGCAACCCAUUCACGAGGAACCAAUGCCUUAUGAUGACAUACCGCCGCCCAGAAGUCCGGCGAUAUCUGAGCAAUCGGGAUUUACGUCAGUCUCGCAACGGGGUAUAAACCCUCGAUGGAACCCACCUCCUGGUCAAGGGUUUAACCCAGGGAUGCCGCCACGCAAGCCGGUCGGCCGAAACGAAGUGAAUGUUCUUAAUAGUAACCCGGACUUUCAGCUGCCGUCGACCCGUGGAGGACCAAGUUCUGGAAGGGGAGGGGGCAUGAUACCCGGGAGCGCAUACCCAGGCAUAUAAGACCUUGCAUUCAUUAAUAUCCUUUCUUCGGGCAUUGGAAAUAGUGGAGUUUCCGGAUGGCUUCAUUUGCGGAUUCGAACACUUCAAUAUCGAAUACGAUUCUUUAAUCACAGAUGCUGUUCAAGCACUUUCUCUCGCAUCAGGACAUAGUCCGUCCAUUCCGAUUUUACAACUGACGUCUCUUCUCUUUUCCUAUCAUCAAUUCCGAUAUACCCUCGUACCUUAAACAAUUUUUCUCUUCGACCUACGACUUCUUUGGCUCGUUGCCACACCCCCUGCCGGCGUCAGAAAUACGUACCUUCUCCUUGAACAGCAUACCACGGAUCAUGGGCAGAUAACCUCCGCUAUCAUGAUUCACGAACCUACAAGAGGUUUAAUCCAUCGUCACCAAUUUUUAUCAUUCUAAACGCUUCAGGC